AUGUCCCUAACUGAUGAGCUGGAGAGCCACUUUCCUGCAACCCCCUCCAUGGUGGCAGACACAAGCGAGGGCAGCCUGUUCAGAAUCAGACCCAACGCCUCCACCAAUGCCACUGGGGAUGGCAUAUCAGCCCCUGGUUCCAUGGAGGACAUGAUUGCCAUCUGCACCAUUGGGACAAUCCUCUCCCUCAUGUGUGUGAUCGGGGUGACAGGCAACGUCUACACCUUGCUAGUGAUGUGUCACUACUUACGAUCAUCUGCUUCCAUGUACAUUUACAUCAUCAACCUUGCGCUGGCAGACCUGCUCUACCUUCUCACCAUCCCCUUCAUCGUUGGGACCUACUUCAUUCAGAAGUGGUACUUUGGGGACAUUGGCUGUCGCAUCCUGUUCAGUCUGGACUUCCUCACUAUGCAUGCCAGCAUCUUCACCCUCACAGUCAUGAGCACAGAGCGCUACUUUGCCGUGCUGAAGCCCCUGGACACAGUGAAGAGGUCCAAGAGCUACCGAAAGGCCAUUGCUGUUGUUAUCUGGCUGGUGUCACUGCUGCUCACUCUUCCAAUGCUCAUCAUGAUCCAGCUGGUGCAAAGGGACAACAAAAGCAUCUGCCUACCCACUUGGAGCAAGAUGUCCUACAAGGUCUAUCUCACCAUCCUUUUUGGUACGAGCAUUGUGGGGCCAGGGGUAAUCAUUGGCUACCUUUACAUCCGAUUAGCUAAGAUUUACUGGGUGUCACAAACAGCAUCCUUCAAGCAGACCAAGAGGCUGCCAAACCAAAAAGUGCUCUAUUUAAUCUUCACAAUAGUGCUGGUGUUCUGGGCUUGCUUCUUGCCUUUCUGGAUAUGGCAGCUGCUCUUCCAGUAUUAUGAAUCCCUCCCUUUAUCUCCCAAGGUGAUGAAGAACAUUAACUAUCUGACAACCUGCCUGACCUACAGCAACAGCUGUAUCAACCCCUUCCUCUACACCCUGCUCACCAAGAACUACAGGGAGUACUUGAAGAACAGACAGCGGUCCCUUAGCAGCAGCAGUGGGUAUUUCCAGAGAAGGAAUCGGUUUCAGAGGAUUUCAGGGAGAUCCCUGUCCACAAGCAGUCAGCACUGCACAGAAACAUAUGUGCUUGCUCAUGCUCCUCUGGGAAACAGCAGUGCCUGA